AUGGCCGUGGGCUCAAGCGUCACGUUCCAGUGGCAGGAUUACCUCGUGUUUAGUGUCAUCCUGGCGGUGUCUUCGAUCAUUGGAUUAUAUUUCGGGAUUAAAUCGCGGAGGCAGAAGUCGGAGAGCUCCGGAGAUAUGAUUACAGGUUAG